AUGAAGGACCGAUUGGAGCAACUUAAAGCGGUAAGUAGUGAACAGGAAACGUGAAUUUACGGUUUAAUGGCAUUUCUUCCUCCACUUAUAUCUCUUUGUACACGUUUAUCGUCCCUCUGAUGUGUCAGUGUGGAUAAAAUUAAAAAAAGAGCCAUUUUAAAACGUUUAAGACUUCACAUAGCCUGUAAAGGUGAACAAACCGCUCCUGUAUCAUGUGAUAAUGUAUCAGUUAUGAUAGCUCUAGUAGGCCUGAAGGUUAGGAAGUGAUUAAAAUGUUGGUGUUGGGGGAAAAUCAUUCAGUCAUUCAGACAUACCCUUUUUUUUACAUGCAGCCAUGUUGUAUCGUGUCAGAGAUAUGUUGUAAUGCAGUAAAAUAUGUUUUAUUGCAUGUUAAUGUUAAAUGACUACAUUUAGGUUCUUGUUUGUAUAAUAUGGUAUAAACAUUUUUUUUGGUCUUGCUGUAAAAAACAAUCCAUUUGAAGAUAUCUCUUUCAAAACCUGUAGUACACAUACCUCUUAGUAUGUAUUGGUUGUUUUUCAUUGAGAAAAUAUGUAGAUUGUAGAAACACAUUGCUGAAAUUAUAGUGUUUCAUAAGAUCUUUGUUAGCAAUUUAAAAUGGAUCUAAGACCUGCAACUUCUGCAGAGAUUAGACCACUAACUUAGAACAUCAGGGCUUAAAAAACAAUGAAAGUUAAUAUUCGUCUUUUAUUUCAUACCUCACUAAUAAAGAUGAAUACACCUGCUGUCUGUAGGAGUAAGGUCUUGAUCUAAUUGAAACCCUACGUCGGGAUAUGUUUCCAUGGCUCCCUGAAACUGCUUGCCAAAUAUUUGCUGUGUUUGAAGUUGUUGAACUGCAGUAGGCUUUCCCCUCUGGUGUCUGUAUCUCGCACAGCUGGCUCCUUUUCAGGGAAAGGAAGUCCGCACAGACACUGAGGUGGGCUAGGCUUUUGUUGUGAAGUUGACAUUGCAUAUGUACACACCGUUUAGAAUCAGGUUCUUUUUUCCUGUUUUCCUCCUUUCAAAACCGUCCUGACUCUGUGUUUGUGUGUGAAGGGGGUGGGCAUGGGUUCAUGUGAAUUUGGGCUCAUGCCAUCGCCGUCAAAACAUCACCUGAUGUACUGACUUGGGACAAAACGAGCAACAAGAAAUGCUGACAGAGUUAAAUAUGGAUGUAUAAACACAUGUGAAAGCUACACUAAGGUAGUCAGAAAAGACUUCGCUACAUGAAGAAUAAAAAACACUGUUGACGCUGUUGGCAUGUUUGUCAUAUUUUAUCACUGGACUUAAGGCUGGUGUUGAGGAUGUUUGUCUCAAAGGGUUAAUAAAUAGCGUUUUUUAUGUUUCUAACUUUAUUUUUUGCUCUGUUGAGUCUCCAUACACCCGAACAAACUGCCUUCCUUCACAGCGUCAAAGAGAGGUUUAUUGUCUUCUAUAAUUUCUUCAGUUAUGACCCUUGGAGACAAAGUCUGGCUGUAAAUCACCCUCCAGAUUUUCAAGGUGAAGGAAGCAGAGGAAAGGUUUGCAGAGGGGAGGACAUGACAUGGAGUGUGUUUAUGAUUGAUGAUAUUUUUAGAUUUUCUUAUUUGAAUAGAAUUAACUCCAAAAUUUGCCGCAGUAAUGUUGGAACUGAAAACACUUGUUAAGUCUUUGUUUUUGGUGAACUGAGGCAUUCAGUGAUGAGUUUUUACUGAGCUUGAAUGAACAUUAACUUUGACAUAUCAAAUUGUGUUGAUAGAGCUCGUCAAUUUAUUGAAUUGGAGAGGUAGACGAUCACAGUGUCUGCUUCAGAGUCAAACCUUGGUCAAGCCAUCGCCUUGGGAAUUAUGCAACUUGACAUAUGGUGCUUUGCAUGCAGAACAAGUUUAAUAGAUUGAUUUGAAUAAAGAGAACAAACCUUCAGCUGAGCUAACACAUUGAUCACAUGUGCACUGAUGUGCAGCAUGUGUCCAUCUUUUCAUUCUAACAUUGAUUUACAUUGUGUGUAGACGUUCUCUGGUGUUUAAUAUAAGAUUACAAAAUCUUAAUGUUAUGAAAAUUCAGCAUGUUUUUUUUUUUUUUUUUUUAAUCUUGGAAAGAGAGAAGAGAGAAUCCAGUAGCUGAUUCUUGGUCUACUUUGUCAAUAAAUAUCAACUGAGUUUUUCUAGAAUUGAAAUUAUGAUUAGAAAUAAUAGUUUCUUGGGGUCAGAAAUUGAAAUCAGAAUAGCGCCUUUACCUACAGACUUUUGUGGUUUGUUGACAUGUAAUGCUGCAUUUUGCAUCACAUGUUUUAUGAAGAUAUAAUCAGCUAGGGAAAAGAGAAGCUGUGAAAUCUCUGUGCAACACAUUAGUUUUAAUUUCUGCACUGAAAAGCUGUUAAUCACCCUGUCCCUCUUAAGUAAAUACGUUUAAUUCAAUAAAAUGGCUGCGGAACAGGAGUGCGAAUCUGACGGGCAUCUCUUUUUUCAGCAUCACCACUUAUGCACAACUUUCCACCUGAAGGAAUUAGUUAAAAAACAGUGAAAUGCUUUUUAAUAUACAAUAUGUUAAAUUUAAUUGAGAGAUAUAUUUAUAUGAUUUCAUAGAAUAUAUAUUUGAGCUUCUCCCAUGUCUUCUUACAACAACAGUGUCUUUAAGUUUAGUUAGAAGUAUAAUUAAAAGUGAGAUAAAUAAACAAUAUUUUGAAAGUUUUCUCGGGUAACUUAGUUAAAACACUCUCUGACUGUUACUGUCAGUGUCAGAUUCUUGUUACACAGAAAUAAGUGUUGGCACGUCUGUGGUAUUUUGUCAGUUUGUCAAAGCAUUUCUUUCACAUCAGCCCCUUUCCCCUUAUUUUUGCUGAAUGUGAUACCCUGGAAGGAAGUCAGCGCCUGCUGUUAUCUCGCUGCUUCAGAAGUGCUGUUUGAGGGAACAAAACGUGUCGGCCUGAGUGUUACAACUGUAUGUUGAGUGAAUAAUUCACCAAAGAGUGUAAAAAAACCAGCAGUGUGUCAGUGUUUCCAGGGAGCUCUGUUUUCAAACUUGUUGAUGGUAGCAGCGGCCUGACACAAAUAUAGUCUCGACUAAAUUUACAAUUCAAAUUUCAGACAAUGGGGAGAGCGUUACAGAGCGAUGAGAAACUUGUGUUUAAACUUAAAAAGAGUAAAUUGUAGAAGGGCUGGCAUUGUCACGUCAUAUUCAUCCUUUAGGCAAAUCAAACUAAACAGCUGAUUUUGAUAUUCUAUUCUAUUCUAUUCUAUUCUAGAAAGACUCAUGCAAAUGUACUGAGGUUAAAUUCUCUGUUGGCUUACAUCCUGAUUAAUGGUCUAAUUCUGCACCUUAGAAAACAAAACAAUUUAUUCUUGAUAUAAGAAGGCCAGCUAAAUGAACCAAUGCAAUGUGCUGCUCUGUUUGAACAAAGGAGGGUGAUUUUACUGAGGUAUGUUGAAAGAUCGAUGACUAACAGUUUCCUAAAUGUGACUCUGACUCAGGCAGACUUUCUUCAUGAUUUUUCAUACUUUUAAUCUUUCAAGUUAUCUAACUCCAUGUGUUGAGUAUUUCACUGUCAGACUCGGCUGCACCUGUGAAAUGCAGAAGUAAUUAACAAUAUGGGAACAAAGUGCACGUACUGCCUCUCCGCUCAACACCGUCACAGCUCAGCCCUGUGAUGUCUGUUUACCCUCAGAGCACGUGAGCUGUGGUUUCUUGGGUAGACUCUUGGGAACAGGUUGAGUUCCUGGAGCCUGGCCCUCGCCCCUCACCGUGUAAAUACUCCUCGGCAGCUCUGAGGUCUGUGUAACCUGGAGCUCUGCGCUGUGUUUACCCAGUGUCCUGUGUGACGUGCUUAUGACUUCAGAGCUGUCAGACUUCCUUAUGGAAGUGAUGGGUGUGGGCUGAUCAGGGUCAGGACAAUAUUUCUACCUUGUAUGACAUCUUCAGCUGAUAACCAGGAAGCAAUUUAACUGCUGAGUGUUUGUCCAGGGUGAAAGAAAGACACAGAAGAUAUCAACUUAAAACUGUCUGUAAUGAGGAGGUGGUCAUAGAGUUUAAAUCUUGGUGGAAAACCAGAUUUUUUUUCCAUGUUUUAAGUGAUUUGAGAAAACGAGUUUGACCCUCAUGUUUGUUCAGUGACCAUGAAGCCUAACUGGCAGCUGGAUAGAAAAAUGAACACAGUGGGAAACUAAGAGCCUGACUGUGUGCAUCAGUCAAGAUUAUCUAUAGAGCUCACUAAUGAAGCCUUUGUAUUCUGAUUGUUUUAUUUAUGUAUAAGACUGUAUGACUAACUUAGGCAAACAAAAGCAAGCAGGUAGAUUUGUAGAUUUAUUGGCAGUAAGAAAAGAGGACACAGGUUUGAAUGUAACUUCACAGUCUUGGGUACACACUGUUUAUUGUUACUGUUUUAUUCUAAAGGUACGUCUAUUUUGAGGUUUUGUUUCCAAUCACAAGGAUAACCUCCAAAGUCGUACACUCAAAAGAAGUACUUUUGUAUCCCAAACAUCUGCUCCUGUAUCAAAAGUUUAAUGGCUGCCGUUUUCUCUGUUAGACGUGUGAUCAAGAUGACGACGAGGUGGAGAUCGCUGUGGACAAUGCAGCUUUCAUGGACGAGUUCUUCUCCCAGGUCAGCAGCACUUUGGUGCAUUAGUACUCGAGUUUUUAUCAGCACAGUGUUGGAUUAUAUUUUUAUCUGAACACAUGCUUGAAUGUUUGUGAAUACCAUUUGAUACAGUUUUAGGGCUGACGCUGUAAUUGUCUGUUUCAGAUUGAGGACAUCAGGAACAGUAUUGAUAAAAUCGAUGAGAAUGUGGCUGAAGUCAAAAAGCUUUACUCAGUCAUCCUGUCUGCUCCCACAUCAGAUCAGAGUAAGAUCACCUACUGCCACCCUUUUUGUCUCUUUUGACAAAAGCUCAGAGAAGACCACAAAUAUGUGACAAACAACCAUGACUUUCUGACAGUAACUCACUGCGCAGCUGAAGGAUCAAUGUAUUGUAAAAGAUGGCAGAGCUUUCCCUGAUAUUGUUCAUUGUUAUUACCUUGAUUUAAAAUAGUAGUGUUUAUGGAUGUGCUUGUUGUUUAUUAUCUCUGUUUUCACAGAAACUCAGGAUGACUUGGAAGCAAUCACCAAUGACAUCAAAAAGAUGGCCAACAAUGCAAGAAACAAACUCAAGAGUGAGUGCUCAUACCCCGAGACUGAAUAUUUCUGAAGAAUUAAAAAUGUGAAGAGCAGUGUGUUAUAAGCUGAAUAAUGAGCCAUUUAUCCUCAUGUCUUCUUAGCUAUCGAGAGGAAUCUGGAGUCUGAGGAGCAGGAGAGGGUGUCUGCUGACAUGCGGAUACGUAAAUCACAAGUAAAGCCUAUUUUUAAGUUUCAGGUGGUCUCUUGUAGGCUUCCUUGUUUUUUAGUGAGAUGUUUCAUUGUUCAUCAAGGAUAGGCAGAAGAUAGAGCAAGAAACUGGAAGAGAGAGAGAGAGUGGCAUAUUGGUAAGGGGGUUGGGCAACUGAGCCACCAGACCAAACUAAUGCUGGAGGGAACCUCUUUCCAGGUGUACAGUGUCAACACUUAAUUUGAGAAUCAGCUCAUAACUUUCCCAGGAGAUCAAAUAUCCACUAUUUCUGUUCCAUUUAAAAGGUUUGGUGACUCUGUUUGAACAGAUUACUGCCAAAGAGUUCAAUAAAUACCCAGAUUCUGCUCCUGUUCUUAACAAUUUAAGUUUGAGACAGGAGGACAGAAGAAAAUAACCGAUAGGGUUGUAUGUUUAUUGAAAUAUUCAUAAAACAAAACAGAUUGUAUUUUAAACCGAACUGCAUUAGCAAAUUUAAUGGUUCUUUUUAGCCUUUUUAAGCCUGACCUAAAGUAGUUUGUCUGCUUCCACUAACGUUUUCUCUUUGCUGAUUUUGUCUUUCUUUUUCUUCUUUCCCAGCAUGCAGUGCUAUCCAGGAAGUUUGUGGAGGUAAUGACAAAGUAUAAUGAAGCUCAAGUGGACUUCAGGGAGAGGAGUAAAGGACGUAUUCAGAGGCAACUAGAGAUCAGUGAGUGACACCUGCACACAUGUGGCUAAUAAAGUCCUGUGAAAGUCCCACAGCAGAGAUUAUGAGCACUUUCUGUUUCUUGUUUCUCUCUCCAGCUGGAAAAGCAACAACAGAUGAUGAGCUGGAGGAGAUGUUGGAGAGUGGCAAUGCUGCUGUGUUUACCGCAGGGGUAAGAGUGUGCAUGUGCAAGCAUGCAUUUACCACUUUUUACAGUCAGGUAACAUUCCCUUUGCUUUGAUCAUGACGUAAAACUGAGUAAAGCCAAGUUACUCAGUGAAAGUUAAAACCCCUCACCUCAGCUGGUUAAAGGUUAACAGUUUGUGACUUGGCUCAAAUUUAGUUUUCUUUCUUGUUCCUCCUUCUUGAGAGUUUCAACCCUGCGGACAAAUGGAGAUAAGAGAAGUUGACUUUGAAGUCAAGAUUUCUUACAUUUGUGAUCUGACCAGUUUGCAUAUUUAAAGCCUGCAGGUCACAACAGAAAGCACUGUGGGUUUUUUUUUCUAAACCUCUUAAACCAUCAAGUACACAUCAAACAAGCACAUGUGCACGAAGCCUUUUAACUCGUGGUCAUUUGUGGCGAAGUUUGAGAGGAGUUACUUGAAAAGGAAUACAAAACUCAUGCUGACAUUCACAGAUUUGAUAACAAAUGAAUGGUUUGUUUACCCUCUAAAGGUUUAUUCAAUAUAUAUUAUGAGUGUUGGUGACUAAAUAGCUUUAACAAUAAUGAGCUGCUUCUCUCUCAACUAUAUCAAAGUGACUUUCUGGAAGGUGGAGGUUGAUCAUUUUCUCAUGGCAGGUGGCCAAAACUGUGUGACACUGUGGCCUAACUGUGGUUAUUAGACUCUGUUCACCCAGCCAUGGCCUGCAUCUUAAAUUAAAAAUGUUUCUCAGUAAAUGAACUUGCAGUGUGAUGUGAAAUCAGUACUUAUUUGCUGUAAAAACAGCAGUGUCUGAUAGUUAGAUACAUUUUUCUGCAUUUCUCAUAAGAAGUAUUUUAUAUGACCCAAGUCAGAGGUGGCUCUUCACCUAGACCCAGAUGUUUGCCUGUACUGGUCGUAACGGGUAACAAUAAAACUUCUCUUCACAGAUUGUGGACUCUGGCAUCUCUAAACAAGCUCUGAGCGAGAUUGAAGCCAGACACAAAGACAUUGUCCGUCUGGAAAGUAGCAUCAAGGAGUUACACGACAUGUUUGUAGACAUUGCCAUGCUGGUGGAGAGCCAGGUAAAGUGACACACCUCCGCCUGCUCUUCAUUUCAAACACCUUUUAGGGAGUUUUAACACAUUUCAUUUAGAUAUCCUCUCCUGUCCAAACCUUUUUCAUUUCUUCCUGCAUUCAACUCUCUCAACGAUUUCUCUUCCCUGUCUCUGCUAUGGUGUGACAAUCAAUCUGCAUCCUUCUCUUUUCUGUUUUUCAGCUCCAUGUCUUUCUCCUUCUUCCCUUUACUCUGCUUUGCCAUCAACACCUCCAUCUCCUCACCCAACAUUGAUGGUACUGUUGUCAUACAUGUAGUAAGAUGCGUCUGUGUACACGUAACAGCUGACCUCACAAGCUUGGAAAGCAUAUCAAAAAGUCUAAUCACAUAUUUCUUGCUGCUUGCACCAUGCUCUCUUUGAGGGAAAGACUUGUAUGAGGUAAGGUUUGUGUUGGUCUCAGAACCAUUUUCUCUCCAGUUCUCAGUUCACAUGAAUGUAUCAUUUGAAAAUCUGCUCUGACCCAAAAAACGAAUCUCUAGGUUUCAGCUGUAUAGCAAUCAUAAUCUUCCAUAAAAUUGGGCUUUUAUGUCUGAGCAAGAUGUGUCUCUUUAUCAAUGCCAACCAGUUUGCUAUACGUCUUUUCCCCUCUGUUUCUGAUUGUUGUUUGUGUUGUUUUUCAGGGUGACAUAGUAGACAACAUAGAGCAGAAUGUAUCCAAAUCAGUGGAUCACAUAAGAGUGGCAGAGGAACAGACCAAAAAGGCUGUAAGGUAUCAGACAAAGGCACGCAAGGUAAAGUAGCUUAGCCGCUCUGCUUGUGAUCUCUUCCUCUCUGUUUUCCCACUUCCUUUCAGAGACUUCUUUGACAUAUUUAAAAACCACAAAGUGCAUUUAUGAAUCACAUCCCCUCAGAGAGCAGACACAAUCACUUCAAACAGUCGAGCAUUCUUGUUUGUUCCUCUCUCUUGCUUUUGUCUUAUUUGUUUUAUUUUGCUGCUCUUCAACGCAUCGCCGCCUCGUGUUAGGGAGGUAUGAUUGACAGGAUUGAGAGCAACAUGGACCAGUCAGUGGGCUUUGUGGAGCGAGCUGUAGCAGACACUAAGAAAGCUGCCAAGUUUCAGCAAGAGGCUCGCCGUGUGAGUGAAUACAGGCAGAGGUCGCAACAGUCGGGUUUCCCACAAGCAGCUGAAAAACUGUUAUUAUAAACAAAUCAAGAGCAAUGCGUCUUAUGUGGAUACGCUUAAAAUAUCAAUCUAGAUGUUUGUUUGGCACUCCAUGGUCUCAACAGGUUUCUUUGCACCUACAGUAUGUCAAAGAAAACCAGAGAAAUAGUCCUUGUUGUGAUCAAUUUCGGUUGGGGAGUCACAAAUUUAGGCUCUUUUGUGCACUAUUUCAGCAUCCACAAAUGACUUAAACUUACUGGCCACAAAAGGUUACAUUUUCUGGUGUCACUGGGACCAGAAAAACUGCAAACCCUCAUCCUGAUGGUGAAAAAAUGCUUUUGGGGAACCUGCCUGUAAAUAAGAUCACCUCCCAAUCCUGACCCUGAACAUCACUUUGAUCCGUGAUGAUUUGUGAAAUCCCUCCGACGUUGGUCUUUCCCAAGUCUCCACCUCUGUAACCCGUGGACCCCAGUGUUUCAAAACCCACUGACCUGCCCAGCAUCAGCACUACAACCCCUCAAAGCACACUCACACAUGCACACUCACACAGCAGCAUCCACACUCUUCUCUCUCUGACUCUUCUCUUCAGCCUGCUCUGUUUGACUGCGCAGCUCUUUGUUUUUGUAUGUCUGAAGGUAUCACAGGUCAGCUGUGACUGCGACAGUGUGUGUGAAAUAAUUUUUGCUUUAACAGAUUACCACAAAGUAAACACUGCUGUGCCAAUGGUAAACAGGAUUAUCAAACUUCAGAAAAAGAUUGACACAGAGUUUGUGUGGUUGCUAAGCUACGAAAACAAUCCUUGAAACUUGAUACAGCCAUUGUCCCUGUAUCUGUACUUUCAUAUGAAACCAGUCCAACAAUUUCACAUGCUGUUUCACUCCAGAAUCGAUGCACGACAGAUGUAUUAAUAACAGAUCUACUGUUUUGUCAUUGACUAUUUUGAAUGGUCCUGAUGCUUCUGUGUGCACUUUGUUGUUCCCAACAGAAAACUGUGAUAAUAGUGGUGGUCGUGGUGAUCUUACUGUGCUUGUUAGCGCUUAUCAUUGGGUUGUCAGUGGGAUUAAAAUGA